AUGUCGAUCCAGAGCUUCCCAAACAUGCUCAAUGGGGGACAUGACACUACUACUACUACUGUCACUACUACCUCUACUACUAUGACUACUGUCACUACUACCUCUACUACAACCACUACUACUACUGUCACUACUACCUCUACUACUACUACUGUCACUACUGCCUCUACUACUACUACUGUCACUACUGCCUCUACUACUACUGUCACUACUGCCUCUACUACUACUGUCACUACUACUACUGUCACUACUGCCUCUACUACUACUGUCACUACUGCCUCUACUACUACUGUCACUACUGCCUCUACUACUACUGUCACUACUGCCUCUACUACUACUGUCACUACUGCCUCUACCACUACCGCCUCUACCACUACCGCCUCUACCACUACUGCCUCUACCACUACUACCACUACUGCCUCUACUACCACCACUACUGCCUCUACUACCACCACUACUGCCUCUACUACCACCACUACUGCCUCUACUACCACCACCACUACUGCCUCUACUACUACCACCACUGCCUCUACUACUACCACCACUGCCUCUACUACUACCACCACUGCCUCUACUACUACCACUACUGCCUCUACUACUACCACUACUGCCUCUACUACUACCUCUACUACUACCACUACUGCCUCUACUACUACCACUACUGCCUCUACUACUACCACUACUGCCUCUACUACUACCACUACUACUACUGUCACUUUUACCUCUACUACUACCACUACUACCACUACUGCUACUGCCUCUACUACUACCAGUACUGCCUCUACCACUACUGCCACUAAUACUACUACCAUUACUACUGCCACUAAUACUACUACCUCUACUAUUACUACCACCUCUACUACUACUACUGCCACUACUACUACUACUACCACUACUACUACCACUACUGCCUCUACUACUACUACUACCUCUACUACUGCCACUAAUACUACUACCUCUACUAUUACUACCACCUCUACUACUACUACUACUACUGCCACUACUACUACUACCACUACUGCCUCUACUACUACUACCACUACUGCCUCUACUACUACUACCACUACUGCCUCUACUACUACUACCACUACUGCCUCUACUACUACUACCACUACUGCCUCUACUACCACUACCACUACUGCCUCUACUACCACUACCACUACUACUACUACUACUACU